UCUCUUGCUUUUACCGACCGAAGGUAAAGCUAAUAGUAUUACGGUUGGCUUAAAGCGAAGCUAUGGAGAUUUGGAAGGGAAAAAGCUCUCUGAGUCUGAAGACUUCAGAGACAAAAGCUCCCUAUCAAACCUCUUUGAUUCUGCGAAAAUGCGAGGUUUUCUCGUUAAACUUAGGGUUUCUCUGUUUCCAUGGCGUCGCCGAGCUCGUUCAGGCCAGUUAUCCUUCCUGAGGCGCUUCCCAAACAAGGAUAUAAAGAGGGCUACAGCUGGUUUCAGCAGAAGUUUUGUUAGCCUUUCUAGUGGUCCAGUUUAUAAAGCAAAGUUUCAAGAUGGCUUCAUGGCCAUGGUAAAAGAAGUGAAAGCUUUUCCUCAAGGAAAGGAUGCCUUUUAUAGGGAGGUCCAACUCAUUGGCCAGUUAAAUCAUUGCCACCUUGUUGGGCUCAGAGGGUUUUCCACAGGAUGUGAGAGAUUUCUCGUGUUGGAAUACGUUGAAAAUGGGAGCCUGAAGGAGCAUCUUACCGACCCUCUUAAGACUCCCUUGAACUGGAAGACAAGGCUGCGGAUCGCCACUGGAGUUGCAGCUGCAUUGGAAUACUUAUAUUUCUUCUGUAACCCACCUAUCUAUCACGUGUGCAUCAAUUCAAGAAAUGUUUUGUUGGAUGAGAACUUCAAUGCCAAGCUGUCUGAUAUUGGCCUUCUUGGUUCUUGUGGAAAUCAUAUUGCCAAGUCAUAUACUUUAUGUUCCAGAGGUUGUAUGGAUCAGGAAUGCAGAAACAUAAUCUUUCAGCUUGGAGUGCUGCUUCUUGAGCUAGUAACUGGUCAACCUUCAGAGGAUGAUGGUACUGACUUAGUCAAGUGGGUCCAGGAUUCAAACUUUCUGAGAUCCAUGCAUAAGAUGGUAGACCCAGACCUUGGAAAUACUUAUGAUUUUAUAGAGCUUAGAACUCUUUUAACUGUAGCAAGAUUGUGUACCAAAACUGACGGAAACCCAAAAUUUGUCAGACAGAUACUUUUGUAUCUCCAAAGAAAGGUAAAACCCUAAGUUCUGCUUGCCUAA